AUGAGGCCAAAGAAGGAGAAGCCGGUGGGAGAGAAGAAGAGAGUCCCCCGCGAAGCCACCCCAUUCGACUAUAUGGACGAUGACUGGACGGAUUCCGUGGAUCAGCCAAUGUUUGAUGAGGCGCACGUCUUCUCGUUCCCGAUGCAGCGCAACGGCCUCGGAGGCUUCAACCGCCGCGAGAAACGCCAAGAGUUCGGACCGGAUUCGAUGAUGGGCUAUAGAGGGGCACCGAUGGGACAAGGAGCCAUGCCGAUGGGCCAGAUGGGACCGGAGGGGAUCGGCCCUAUGGGAAUGGGACCUAUGGGACAGCCACCGAUUGGACAAGGACCUCCACAAAACCAGAUGCCCGGCUUCAACCCCUACGAGAUGGAGCGUGGCCAGGAGGGUCCCUACGCCAGGAACUUCGACUACAAGCUCCCCCAAGGCAACCAGCCCUUCCCGCUCCAGGAGCCAAUCUUUGAAGCCGUCAUGCCAUCCGCCCCUCAAGCCCCGAACUCGUCGCCCAACCCCAACGAGCCGCGCCGCUUCAUGAAGAUGUUCGGCAAGAGGCAGAACGUCCAGAACUUCCAGGGGAACCAGAUGCCCCCAAUGGCCUUUAACGACAACGACGAUCACGAGUAUUCGAGGAUCGAGCGAGCCUUGAUGGCUAUGCGGCAGCAGCAUGGCAGGAGGAUGCAAAGGCGGGAAUCUGGGCCCGAGGCGACGAACAUGCCAUUCCCGAUGGAUCGGGAGCCAACGCCGGCUGAGAUCAUGAUGAUGAAGCUGCCGAUUAUGAAUAAGGAGACGACGCAGCCGCAGCGGUUUGUGAGAUCACCAAUGGAACCCACCGACGACAUGAUGCGCGGAAAGCUGCCAGUCAUCAAGCGCGAGGCCGGAGAGUUCAUGGGACCGGGCCGGCAGUCCGGAUUCCAGAAUAGUCGCUUCGGAUCCCGUCGCAUGGAUCAUCUGGCACCACGCUCACCGAUGGGAAUGCUGCCCGGAUUCGGCCAGGGCCCUCGUGCCGACGCACCAUUCGAGGGGGAGCAGGCACCGCAGAUGCCGUUCCCAUCUCCGUUCGGUGGACCUUCGCAGGACUUCCCGAUGGGACAGCGUGGUGACGGGCCGUCUCGGGGCUUUCCGAUGGGCCAAGAGGGACCUAUGCGCAGGUCUCCCAGACAGAUGCCAGGCAACGGCCCGAUGGAGACGAACAACGGCCCGAUGCGCCCGAACUUCCAGCCGAACUUUGAUGGACCUCGCGGUUUUCGGCCUGGAAAUGGACCUAACGGCCCAAUGAUGCCCCAGGGUGACGCUCCCUUCCUUGAACCACCAAUGAUGGGACAACGACCCGAUGGUCCAUCUCAGGAGGGCCCUAUGAGGCCUCCAAGGUUCGGUCCUCGCGCUCAGGGCCCGCGGUUCCGACCUGAUGGCCCCUCGCAAGAUAGUCCGUUGAUGCCACCGCAGUUCGGACCAGGACCCCGACCGGAUGGACCACGUUUCCAACCUGGUCAAGAUGGCCCAAGGAUGGCACCUCGCCGCUUCCAGCCAGGACCUGGCCCUCGUCCCGAUGGCCCGUUCCCAUUUGGCCCUCGUGGUGGAGAGCAUGGAGAACAGCGUGGAUUUGGACCCCGGCCACAGUCGGAUGGUCCCUUCCCGUUCGGACCUUCUGAUGAUGCGCCGAUGCCGCCAAUGUUCGGACAGGGACCUCGACCUGAUGGGCCUCAGUUCCAGCAAGUACCUUCCCGUGAUGGGCCAAUGAUGCCACCCCAGUUCGGGCCAGGACCUCGUCGUGAUGGACCCUUCCCAGGACCUUCUCAAGAUGGACCGAUGAGGCCACCACCACAGUUCGGAUCGGGAGCCCGCCGAUUCCAGCCUGGCCCUGGACCUCGUCCAGAUGGACCCUUCCCGUUUGGACCCUCUGAUGAUGCCCCGAUACCGCCGCAGUUCGGACCUGGACCUCGACCUGAUAGUCCCUUCCCAGGACCCGCUCCGGAUGGACCGAUGAUGCCACCACGACCGCGCUUCUCACCAGGACCUGGACGUCGGCCCCGAUUCCAGCCAGGACCCGGACCUCGACCAGACGGACCCUUCCCCUUCGGUCCUUCCGGUGAUGCACCUAUGCCACCACCUUUCGGCCCAGAUGGCCCAUCCCAAGAUGGCCCCCGACGACAGGGACGUCGCUUCCGCCCCUCUGGCCCUCGACCUCAACCCCCGAUGCCGUUCCCGGGAUUCCCAGGCAUGGAUCAGGAUGCUGAUGACGACCAGAUGCCAAUGAUGCCCCCAAUGCCAUUCAUGCGCCGUGGAAACGGGCCCAAGGUGUUCAUGAUGAUGAACCGCAGCCCGCGCCCAAAUCCCUUUGCUCCUCCGCCACCACCUAUGUUUGCCGGUAUGCCCCAGAUGCCGAAUGCUGGUCUCCCCGACCUUCUGCGACUUUUGACUGACUUGGGAGAGAUGCCUGCUAUGCGACAGGGACCCCGACGAGGCGGAAAGCCGGGACGCAAGCCGGAGGGCGGCAAGGCCCCGGCGCAGGAGCAGUUCACUUUCAAGAUGGGGCCCGAGGGAGUGUCGGUACAGAGCUUCUCGGCCAGGAUGGAACGGCCGAAGAAGGAGGAACAGGAGGAACAGGAAAAUGUCGCACCAGUCCCUACGCCAUUCGUCGCCGACAACCGAGUAGAUGAGCCUCAGGCCGAUGAGGAGCAGCCGGAGCCGGAGACCAGGCGAACGCCGCUCCGCUUCGACCAGCGGUCCUUCCGCCGGGCGCGACUCGAGAAGAAGCUCCAGGCGAUGAACAAGGGCCGCGGGGACGGAAGCGUUGACCCGGCUGAGGGUUCCCUUAUUCAGUUGGAACGCGGCGGCAUCCGAUUCCCGGAGCAGCAGCAGCAG